AUGUCCUCAUCCAUCUCAUUCAAAAUCCAAGCACCCCCGCGACCCUCCUCCUCCAACACCCGGCCAAGUCAGCCAGCACCUCAGCAACGACUGCAACAGCGGCCACACCAUGUCGACGACGAUGAUGAUGACGACGACGCCGACGCCGACGCCGACGAUGCCUUGGCCCAACGCGCAUUCACUCGCAAAGCCAAGGACGAACUCGUCACCGCAUUCGACCGUAACGGAGCCACACAGUCCGUAUUGAUCCCCAUCCCCCCAAAGUCCCCUCCCUCCCCAUCUAACGCACCCACACCCCUCUUCUUCUCCAGAAAGAACCCCCGCCAAAGCACUUCCUCGCCCCUCGUCAUCGCCGCGUUGCCCAACAAGGACUGGCGCGAGGCCGCGGAACUGAUCAAGAAGAAGAAGAACAAGGCGCGCUACAUCCCCGAUGCUGUAGGGGGGAUGAGGCUCAAUUCGGAUGCGAUCGCCCCUUCUACCUCGAGGGGUGAAGCGAUGGAUGUGGAUGCCGAUCAGAUCAAUUCGAAGCCCGUCGUCGCGGGCUUGUCCAAACUUACACCGCGGGCCACAACGACGACGACGGCAACGACGACUUUGGUCGAGAGAGAACCUUCCCCCGAGGCAUCAUCGACCACCGUCACCGCAGCACCUCAAACGGAAGAGCAACGAGCGUUGAACGAACUCAUUUCGUCCGCUUCAGGACUAGGGAAUGGGGAAACCCAACCCUCCUUCGAAGUCAUUUACUCUGCCGCGGAUGCGAGGAACGCGCCCAUUGACGAAUCCGACGCGUUCAAGAGGGACCUCGAGACACGACCUGACCAGGUCCGUAUACUCCCCUUGGAUCCUAUUGUGCCUUCUCCUCCUCCACUGACAGAUCCUACUCCCCUACUUCAGUCAACACUAGAAGACUACGCCCGCGUACCCGUCGGCGAGUUCGGUGCCGCGAUGCUCCGAGGAAUGGGUUGGAAACCCGGUCAAGCGGCCAGUCGAUCCGGUCGUUCCGGACCCGUCGAAGCGUUCGUACCUAAAUCCCGUCCGGCGAUGUUGGGCAUUGGGGCCAAACCGAUUGCGGACGUUUUGGGCUCGACGGAGGCGAGUAAAGGGAAGGGGGUGGUGAAGAGUAGUAAGAGGGAGGAUAUGAAGUUCGUACCGCUGGCGAAGAAGGUUAGGGCUGAGCAGGAGGGGCCCAGUACGAGUACGAGCGCGGGGAGAAGUGGGGGGAAUGGGAAUGGGCAAACGAAUGGGAGUCGGACUGGAGGUGCGUCAUCGAGGGAGGUGGGAAGCAGGGAGGCGCUCACGAGGGAUGAGGACAGGGACACGCGGGACAAGGGGAGCGAUCGGUACGAAGAAUUUUCUUCGUCUUCGAGGAGGGAUCGAUAUAGGGACGAUGGUCGAGACAGGGAAAGCGGUCCAACGCGGGAGAAGGAAAGGGAGAGGGAGAGAGGUUUCUCAUCGCGCUACAACGAUGAACGAGGUUCUCCAUCGAUGUACCCAUCUUCAAGAAGUGAUAGGGACAGGGACAGGGACAGGGGGUACACGGAAAGCAACGGGAGACAAAGGGAUCGGAGUUCCAGUCCGAGGAGGGACUCGGAGAGGGAUAGGGAUGGGCGGAGGGAUAGGAAUAGGGAUAGGAAUAGGGACAAGGAGAGUGGUAGGGAUGAAGGGAGGGUUCGGUAUAGGGAUCGUAGAUGA